AUGGUCUCUCCCUAUUGGUCCAUCUAUUUCCGGCCGGCGGGGAGAAGGGGGCCGGGCGUCGGGGUGAGCGCCUGGCCAAUCGCGGGGCCUACCGUGCGCGCCCCUGGUUGCCCCGGGAAACCUAACAGCUCGCAGCCGCGACCGGCGGACAUGGACGGGGACGAGCGCUCUGAGCCCUCGGAGGACGGAAGCGAAGAUGGAGAGAGCCUGGACACGACCAAGAUGUCUGAAAACCAGUUCCUGGAUGAGUCCGUGGAGCCGGAGACCGAGCCAGGGUGGGAGCCGGAGGCGGGCGCGGAGGAGUUGGAGACGGCCGAGAUAGAGGCUUGGGAGAGGGCCGCCGCCGAGGACCAGCCCGAGGAGGCCGAGGGAAGCUCGGCGGCCGCCGAGGCCCCGAGCGAGGACAGGCUGGCCGAAGCCCAGGAGGAGGAGCCGGCCGAGUCCGACUGGGAGGUAGCCGAGGCGGAGGAGCCGGUGGCGGCGCGGAGGAAGGAGACGGACGCGUUCCCCCGGGGCUCGCUGCCGCUGACCACCAUCGCCGAGGAGGCCGCUGCGGAGCGGGCCGAGGGAAGCCGGGAGGCGCUGCCGCCGUCGGGCCAGCCGGACGACGAGGAGUGGUCGGAGGAGAUGAAGAAGCAGCAGGAGCAGCAGCUGCGCCGCGAGCUCCUGGACCAGUACCACCUGCUGCUGAUGGAGCGGAACCGCUACCGGCGCUACAACGCCUACCUGCAGCACCGGAUCUGCGAGUCCCUGCGCAAGAAGAAGGGGCUGGAGGCGGCCGAGACGCCCGAGCGCGCGGCCGAGCCCGAGGCCCCCGAGAAGGAGCAGGCCUACCUGCACUACCUGGCCAUCCUGGAGGAGCUGAGGAAGCAGGAGGUGGACGACCUGGAGUGGUACCACCAGGAGCUGGGCCAGCUGAAGCAGCAGUGCCAGGAGAAGCAGGCCCGGGUGGAGAAGGAGUGGCGCCGCUUCCAGGCCCUCAAGAAGCAGGUGGUGAUGCAGGUGAUGGGCAGCUGCCGCCUGCGCGGCGGGCGCCAGGCCGCCCUGCGGGAAGUGGAGCAGACCCAGGCGCUGGAGGACAAGAAGGAGAAGGAGAUGAGCGCCUUGCGGCUGGAGAACGUGCAGCUGAAGCAGAGCCUGGUGCACUUCCAGACCAGGAUGAGGGCUCAGGAGGACCUGUCGGAGGGCCUGCUGCUCAUCGACUUCGAGCAGCUCAAGAUCGAGAACCAGACCUUCAACGAGAAGGUGGAGGAGCGCAACGAGGAGCUCUCCAAGCUGCGCAACAAGGUGACCAACAACGUGCAGACCAUCACCCACGUGAAGGAGAAGCUGCACUACGUGGACAUGGAGAACGCCUGCAAAAAGACGCAGCUGAUGGAGGUGGAGUCUCAGGUGUCCCUCGGGAGGGACAUCCUGACCAGGACCAAGCAGGCCCGUGACAGCCUGCGGAUGGACAACAUCAAGCUCUAUCAGAAGAGCGGGCUUCUGGGUAAGGAGUCGCUCCUCCGGGAUUUGGAGGUAAAGGUGAACAAGACGGCGGUGCUGAGCCAGCGCCUGGAGUCCCUGAAGCGCCACCACACGGGGCUCAUGCUGUCCUGCAAAGGUGUGAAGCAGAAGAUCCGGGAGGCCAAGGCCUUCCUCCCCUCCUGACCCCGGGGCAGGAGGGCGGGCAGGGCCGAACGCCGGCCCGCUCAGCACACUGUCGGCUCCCCUCCGCACACGCGCGCUCUACUUGCUGCUGCUCUCUUCAGAAGCCGAUGGUACUUGGGAUGGAAACCUAUUUUUGAAUCUCGGGUUUCAGCUUCCAGAUCAGGGCUGAGCACAAAAAUUGGGCUAGCAAAAUAUGAGAUUAAGCAAAAAACCGGUCUAGACAGGACCAGCGACUGACUUCUCACAGUACGCCGUCAGCUGGCCUCACGCUGAGCAAGCCUGUCAUUUCAAGCACCUCAUGGAAAGGAGCACAGUCCCGUCCCGGUAUCUGGAAGGAGCCUUCAGUCUCACCAAUGGGCAGCAUUUAGAAAAAUUUCUCUGCAAUAAGCCAUUAACUUCUCUUUGGACUUAUUAAACUAUGUA